AUAACCAAAAGUGUUGUAUGUUAUAUUUAAUUUUUUGCUUUUUCAUUUUAAUUCGUGAGUUUCGAUGCAUUAAUUUCUACAUUAAUUUAAUUUAAUACUUUAUGGGAAAAUGCAGUAACAUAUUUGAAACCUCUGGGAUAAUGUAUGAAAUCACUACAAAAUAAUCAAUAACUAAUCUCUCAAUAACAAUGGAAAACAAAGACAAGAACAAAAGGAAGAGCCUCAGCAGCUACUUGUUGCCAAAUAAGACACCUAACAAGGUAGGGGUUGCCGUUUCAAGAAGUCAAAGUGCAAAAGAUCAAUCUUUAAGGUACCUAACCUCUUCAGAAGCAAAGAGUAACAUUACUAUUUCAAAGAGACCUCUCAGCUUUGAUAUUAAACAUAGGAAUAUGAAUGGUAAAACAGAAUUAUGCAUAUCUCAUAAUUUAAAUAGACGGAACAGUGCUUCUGAAAGUAACAUUGAUGACAUUGCAGAAGAUCUAGAAAGUUCUGAAAAUAAAUUUGAUGAAAAAUCCAUAUCUCAUGAAAGUAUUUUGAAUUUAAGAGAUGCUGAAAAUAGAAUUAGUAAUGUAUAUCUUAUUCCAACAAGUAAAGCAAGACAGAGAAACUUUUUACAGGGAAAAAUCGGAGCCAAUUCGUUAUUAGGUGCAGUAGAACUUGACAGAGUAUGUCCUAAUAGAGAAGUUACCAUAUUUGUCGGUACUUGGAAUAUGAACGGGCACUCACCACCAAAGGAACUAAAUGAUUUUGUCCUACCAGUUGGUGUAGAGCACGUACCAGAUAUAUUAUCUUUUGGUACGCAAGAAUCAUCUUCGGAACGAUACGAGUGGGAAGUUAGUUUACAAGAAACUAUAGGUCCGUCUCAUUUGCUCUUCCAUUCUGCAUCUUUAGGUACAUUGCACUUGUCCACUUUUAUACGACGUGACUUAAUAUGGUACGUAUCUAUCCCUGAGGAUGCUAGUUUGUCUGUGAGGCCGGGAAGUGCUUUCCGAACGAAAGGCGCCGUGGCCACCUGCUUUAUGUUGUUUGGCACCUCAUUUUUAUUUGUAACAGCUCAUCUUACCGCCCACCAAGAAAAAGUUAAGGAGAGAGUUGGAGAUGUUAAAAAAAUUGUGCAUUCCAUGGAUCUGCCAAAAGUUCUGCCUUGUAAAAAUAAAAGCAAAGAUGUUACACAGAACUUCGACUAUGUGUUCUGGUCCGGCGACCUAAACUUCCGACUCUCCACUCCAAGAGCGAAAGUACUAGAAUGGCUGUCCAAAACAAACUUUCCACUACCUCCGCACUUACCUCACGGCUACAUGCACCACGAUCAACUGUGUUCAGUUCUGGCCGAUGGAGCGGCUUUCAAGGGAUUCAGCGAGGCUAAAAUAACUUUCUCCCCUACUUAUAAGUAUGACCCCGGGACUCAAAAUUUUGAUACGUCGUCCAAACAGAGGACUCCGGCUUAUACCGAUAGGAUACUGUAUAAGCAAAAGAGCACGAGGAGGUUGAGCGGGCAGUUGGAAACUCCUCCUUUGAGGUGUUUGGUGUAUGAUUCAGUACCUUCUAUUACUACGUCCGACCAUAAACCGGUGUGGGGUGUUUUCAAGGUGCACCUGCGGCCUGGUUUAGAUACGAUCCCAGUAGCUGCGGGCUUGUUCAACAGAGACGUAUAUUUGGAAGGGCUGAAACGGCGAGCGGCAACUCUGAACAGUGCGAAAGGCGCCACUACAGUUUGUUCCUUGCAAUAACGGAUAUGAUGACCAACGUUCUAGUCCAAUUAUAUUUUUAUUUAUUAACUUUUUAGUAAAUCAUAAUUCCCUUAGAAUUUAAAAACAAAUUUAGUUUAACGGUAGGAUUGGUUUAAGUAAUUUGUACCAAAAUAUAGUUUCACAUUCAAAUA